ACACACGUGACAAAUAAGGUUAAAGUUAUUGAAAAUAUAAAAAGAAAGGAAUUUAUACUAAAAAUACAAGGCUACGAACUAGAUUUUAUAAAUAAAAAAACAUGGCAGAUUUGUUUAAUUUUUUACUGUCAUCAUCUGAUGAUGCAGAUUAUCGAGAACCAAACCGUAGAAGAAGAAAAGAUUUAAACGGCGCAUAAAUUAUAUUUAACAAUUAGACGACAUUGAAUUUAAAAUGCGAUUUAGAUUAAACAAACAGUCAGUUCGAUUAAUAUUGGAAGAAAUAAGAGAAGAAUUGGAGUUUUUUACUAACAGAGUGAGUCAAGCUAUUAUCAGGUUACGACCCCGUUAUAUUCACUUUCCAACAACAGAGCAGGAAAUAAGAAAGGAACAAUUACAAUUUUACAAUAUUGCACGCUUUCCAAGGGUCAUUGGUUGUAUUGAUUAUAUACAUGUACGUGUCCAGUCUUUUGGAAUGCGUUACCAAUUACGCAGAGUAAUGACUAUCAUUAUUGCAACAGCAGUACUCCAUAAUAUCGCCAGACAGAAUGAUGAUGUAGAACCAGAUAUCGACCCAGAUUUAAAUUUACCUGCACCAUGGGAUCAUAUGUUAACAGCUUGUAACGUCGCGACUUCAUCAUGUCUUGAUGGUUCAUCAGUUCCAUCAAGCCCGGCUUUACCUAGUACAUCAAAUGCCAAGAAGAGACGUGCUCGAAGCAUAUCGGUAGAACCACAAAACACUAAACAAAUACAUGAAGCUGACAAAUUUGAUAAUUUGUUCAAUGAAUUUAUUCAACCGCGCAGUGAAGAACAAGCCUUCUGCAGUUUCUUACAGUCUAGAUUAGAAAGACUACAGAAGAAAUAUUAUAUGCGUAUUACACAUAUGAUAUUGCAGGAAGUAAUGAAAAUUGAAUUGGAACAAUCUGAAAGUCAGUAUUUGUAUGACUAA